AUGCGCAAGAAGCAGCCCGCGCAACCAACUGUACCCGAUGUGGUACGCGGGAUAGACUACUGGAAGACGGUACCAGCAACAGUGGAUGGUGUUCUUGGCGGCUUUGGAACAGGAACCCUGCCUCGCGUCGAUGCCCUUGGAUCACGGUCCUUCCUCCUCUCCGUCCUGCCGAGAUUGAGCGCUGUCCCGCCUGUGACGGAUGACCCGGUCGAGUGGCAAAAGAGGAAAAUGGAACAGAGGGGUGGAAAGGGGAAGACUGUGACGAGGGCGCUAGAUUGUGGUGCUGGGGUAGGAAGGGUCACCGAGACGGUGUUGCUCAGAGUAGUGGAUGAGGUCCAUGUGACCGAGCCAGUUGAGCAUUUCCUGGCAGAAGCGGCCCGCCUCUCCUCAAGCUGGCAAUCUCUUACCCUUCCUCCUUCCAAGCAGCCCUUCCACGCUCGCAAGGCUGCUCACUUUCACUUGAGCACGCUUCAGGCCCUCGACCCGGCAAGGCCGUGGAGUUCAGCUGAUGGGGGCAUUUACCGCCCGCCGAUUGCCCCCAACCCCCUCCAAUACGACGUAGUGUGGUGCCAAUGGAUGCUGCAGCACCUUUCGGACCCGGAUCUUCUCGCCUUUUUCGCCCGCGCUAAAGCGAGUUUGGUACCAGAGGACGGGGUCAUCGUGGUGAAAGAGAAUGUAUGCCCUGAGAUGGAAGAUGGCAGCGAGAGGGUUUGGUGGGAUGAAGAGGACAAGAGUAUCACUCGAUCCACUCAGGCGUAUGAAAGAGUGUUUAGGGAGGCAGGACUGACGACCAUUAGGGCUGAGACGCAGAUGGGAUUCCCGCAGGAGCUCUAUGCGGUGAAGAUGUGGGCACUGCGGUAA